UGCUAUGCUUUUCUCAAUCUAUUGGGCAGGAUUGUAAUUACAUCCCCAAUUUAGAAUAUGUUCAUUUCGCUUUUUCGCCAACUUCACUAUUUUUUUGUGCUGCACUGCAUGAUCUAUAUAUAUGUAAGAAAAAAGCUGUAGAGCUAAAUCGCAUCGUCUCUCUCUUUCUCUCCCCAAUCCCGGAGCAAUUUUGUGUUAUCUUUCAGGUUUCGGGGAGGAAGAUCGAUGCGGAAGGGAUCGAAGAAUAAUUGCAAAUCGGUAUCGCACCAGCUCUUCAAGGACAGGGCAAAGAGCCGGGUCGAUGAUCUUCAGGGGAUGUUCACUGAUCUUCAAUUUGCCAGGAAGGAGAGUCGAACCAGUGAUGUCGCCGUACUGGAGGAGCAAGUGCAUCAGAUGCUCCGUGAGUGGAAAUCCGAGCUCAAUGAGCCGUCAUCAGCAUCAUCUUUACUUGGCGGUAGUCUCGGAUCUUUCUCGGCAGACAUAGGGCGUCUGUUAGAGCGGUAUGAUGAGGAAGACGAUGCAACUAGUGCAUUGGCUGAACCAGCAGCUUUGAAGCCCGAGCCUGAGGCUAAAGGCACGAACGCGGGCAAUUCAACAUUCUUUCAAGAGGACUACUUCAUGAAUCACAUGCCUGAAGAUAACAACUUUCAAGGGUUUGAUCAAUGCAAAGGCUUUGCUACAAGUUUUGACCAUUUUGAAGUGAGUAACCAGUUGGACUACAAUCAGCUCAAUUUACCUGAAGACUUCAACCUAGAGCUGUUUAUUGAUUCUAAUGGCCUGAGGCAGUGUGGACAGGAUGUCAUGCUUAACAUUCCUGAUUUUCUACCAAACAUCUGCCCUCCACCAUCUGCCUUCUUGGGGCCAAAAUGUGCUCUCUGGGAUUGUCCCAGGCCUGCUCAAGGAUCUGAAUGGUACCAGGACUAUUGCAGUAAUUUUCAUGCUGCUCUAGCAUUAAAUGAAAGCCCCCCUGGUAUGACUCCAGUUCUGAGACCUGGGGGAAUUGGGUUGAAGGAUGGCCCAUUAUUUGCUGCUCUCAGUGCAAAGACACAGGGAAAAGAUGUUGGCAUUCCUGAAUGUGAGGGGGCUGCUACUACUAAAUCUCCAUGGAAUGCUCCUGAGCUUUUUGAUCUCACUGUUCUUGAAGGUGAAACAAUUAGGGAGUGGCUGUUUUUUGAUAAGCCUCGUAGAGCAUUUGAAAGUGGAAAUAGAAAGCAGAGAUCAUUGCCAGAUUACAGUGGACGUGGUUGGCAUGAAUCAAGAAAGCAGGUGAUGAAGGAAUUUGGGGGGCUGAAGAGGUCCUAUUACAUGGACCCGCAGCCUGUAAGCUGUUUUGAGUGGCAUUUGUAUGAAUAUGAGAACAACAACUGUGAUGCAUGCGCAUUAUAUAGGUUGGAACUCAAACUUGUUGAUGGGAAGAAAAGUCCCAAAGGAAAGGUGACAAAUGAUUCACUUGCUGAUCUGCAGAGGCAGAUGGGGAGGCUCACUGCUGAGUUUCCUGCUGAUAACAAACGUUCUGUUAAGGGUAGGAUGAAGGUUAAUGUCAAGGUUGAUGGUGGAAAUGAUUAUUCAGCUCCAAAUCAGAUGACUGCUGCAACUGAAACUUUUGGAUAUGGAUUGCGUGGGCCAUACAAUUAUCGUGCUGAGAAUGUUACCAACUAUUAUGGAACAUAAUUGAGGAAAUAUGGGUUGACUGGAAACUAAUAUAAUUUUAUAAGCUCGUCUAUAGCAGCUGUUGUCCCUGUGGACAAUUUUCUAGUUGCUCCAAAUUAAGGACAUGGUCAUCAGUAUUGGGUUUCAGGUCUUUGAUGACAUAAGUGGACCCCUUUUUUUUGUUUGUCAUGCGGGACAUCUUGCAAGGUUUAUUUUCAUCUGGGAUAACUGCAUUAGAGCUUCCUUCUGGAUGCUGGCAAAGUCUCUAAUUGCUGAUAGAUGCUUAACUCAGCAGUACAUAUGGCUGUGUUUACUUGUGUCAGACGGUAUAAAUGGCUGUAUUUACUUGUAUUAACUUAACUACAGGCAAGAACAUGAAAAUUAAUGUUCACCAGAAUCGUAUAAGGAUUACACAAGUCCGUGCGGUGGGAAGGAGCACAAUAUAUUCAAGGUCUUGGCAGGAUUCUUCAUCCUACCUCUGCUCGUUAUGGUCUGUUGGAAUGACAAUUAUAUAGACUAGAUGUCAACUCGAUGUACUGAAUUUGACACUGCCAAGUCCCUUAGGCCUCAUGUUGUUGAUGCACCAUUAAAUUGGAAUUCUUGUGUGUUUUUCAUUGCAGGGUAACAUGGUUAUAACAA